AAAUCUACAACACAACAUCAGCGUACAAUUACAAAUCUACAACACAACAUCAGUGUACAAUUCUACAUGUACAAGACAUCAUCUAUACACAAAUCUACAAGACAACAUCAGCGUACAAUUACAAAUCUACAACACAACAUCAGUGUACAAUUACAAAUCUACAACACAACAUCAGCGUACAAUUCUACAUGUACAAGACAUCAUCUAUAUACAAAUAUACAAUUGUACAAGACAACACAUACAGUUUGAUAUUGACAGCAUCAUGCCAUUUGAUUAUCUGAUUUAUAAACAGCAUCAUUUACCUAUGUCACAAUAAAAACAUGUGUCAUUUGUGGUGAUUCAAAAGACAAGUCCUCUUUUUUCUGCACUCAAAGGUAAAAUUUAAUUACAUGCUAAGCCUGCUUUAUUGGAGCUAGCUGUGGUCAUUUAUACAUUUUAUAGACCCCUCAAUAGUUUAAGGUCUAAAAUGUUCUCAACUCUUCAUCCAAUGAAAUGGAUUAGGCUAUCAAUUUUAUUCCCAAAAUACAACAUGUUCUUAUUUUCUAAUAAUCUAAAUAAUGGAAGGCCUUAGAAAAAAAGUGCCUCUUCAAAAUUUAAUAAAAACAAAAAUCAAUUAUACAGGUAUUCAAUUCUAUUAACAUCUUUGUUUCAUGGGUAGAGCAACUCAUUUGGCAUAUGACAUAUACAGGUAAUUACAUAUCAUGUCAAUCAUAAAAGCUCUCUUCUGUCUUUAAAUAUAAUAAAUGUAAUUCUAUUCAUGUAUUCAGUGGAGCAUAUCUGUGUAAAAUAAGUAGUUCAGCCAAUUUAGACCGUUUCCCCUUUAAAGGCAACUGAACAGUUUACCAAAGACAAAUACAAGAAUAUGAAAUCUUUGUUCUUUUUCAAAGACUCAACAACACGUUUCAAUCAAAAUGUAACUAUCAAUGUGGCAUUGAUAAUAAAAUAGCACUGCCAAAAAGAUUGGCACUUCAAAUAUACUGGUCAUUAUAGAGAUAAAACUUCCAAAGACAAGUUGUAACCUUCGUCAAACAUCAAGUUUCUUUGGAUUAACUUACUUUAAAGAAUACAUUAUCAAAAAUCAAUUUUGUAUUUCUUUGAGCUAUAUUUCUUCUGAUUUAUUCCUGUUCACAAAUACUGGCAAGCUUUUCAACCAGCUAGUUUUGUCAAGGGCAAAAAAACAGCAAGGACUAUUAAAACCUAUUGUUUGUAAUGCAAAUUACUGUAUGCAUAAAAUACCCUCCAUUCAUUCCUGUCGCUAAAUAUUAUGGUAUCAAGUUGUGCGGAAAAAUAGGCGAGUCAAUAUUUAAACAACUCCUACUAUCAGAGGGCUCAAUUGUCUGGUAAUGCAAGAUAAAAUUACUGUGUUUUCUUUCUAAAUCUACACUCUGAAAAAUGAAUCUGGCAUCUGUUCAAAAUUUGAACAUUUAUAGGUAAAGUAGAGAAAUUUAACAGCCCGUCCUCUGAAAGCUUUCCCCCAAAUUACAUUUAAAGUGUACGGCCCAUUCAACACACCCACGUUUUCAUAUUUGGACAGCGAACUCUUAUUAACCAACACCAUGUGAUGAGCAACAGAGAAAAUAUCAGUUGAGGAAUAUUUUAUUUUCAAAAAUGUCAACGGAUUCUUUAGACGAUCCAAAUUGGGCAGUUCAACAGCUCAAAGUAGAAUUUCGGUUUAGGAGAAAUUCUGCAUUGAGAUGCACCAGUAUGGACAUGGAACAGUCAGAGCUGGUCAUUCCCAGACAACUCCUCUGCUGCAAGCUCUGUGAUGAGGAGUUCACCAAACCAUGUUACCUUCCUUGUCUCCACACCUUCUGCCAGAAGUGCAUAGACGAGCAUCGCAUCAACAGCACAGACGAUGACGGAUAUUUCCCGUGUCCAACAUGUAUGACAGAGGUUGGUCUGGAAGAGGAGCAUGGAGGACAAGGAAACCUCCCCGAGAACAUCCUGGCUCGCCGUCUGUCAGUUCCCACCAUUGAUCCAAUCAAAAGAGAGACACUUUGUUUUUACUGCAAGAAUGCUGGGAAUUUUGUCGAGGGUAAAACGCACUGUGUCAAUUGUGACGAGUUUCUGUGCACUUCCUGCACCAAUUCCCACACCGCCCAAGAAGAGUUUGCUGAUCAUCAGCUACAGAGUGAAGAGGACUACAACGCUAGCCUGGAGAAAUCUUCCAGCACCACCACCCAGGGACAGGUUCUUACAGUGUGCUGCGAGGCUUACGAUCCUCUAGACAUUGGUGCCAUGUUCUGUGUGGAGUGUGAUAUUUCUGUGUGUGCCGAUUGUCAUGUGAACAAACAUGCUGAACAUAGAUGUGCAGAACUCAUGACCAUAGCACAACAUUUCGAAACUAAAAUUAAAGAACCCUUGAAGGAACUUGACAAUGAUUCGGAGGAAAUUAGUGAAUUUCUUGUGAAUCUGGACUCCACAGAGCAAACCAUUCUGGAGCAGAAAGAUUCACUGAAGCAGAAUGUGAGAGACCGUACCAAGCAGCUAUGUAGUCUGAUCAAGGAUUAUCAAAAGCUUCUGCUAGAUGAUAUUGAGAGAAGAUUCGAUGACCAACUGGAGGAAAUCAAGACCAGGAGACUAGACCUAGAAAUGCAUUUAGAAGCCAUCCGAGGAGUGAAGGACUUUACAAACAAUCUGAUCACCUAUGGUUCCUAUGAGGAGAAAGUGCACCUGAGGAAGAAAGUUGGAUACAGGAUCCGUGAGCUCUGUGAGGAAUCCCUGGGAACUGAUCCCAUCCAGAUCCACUCUGUGAGGCUGAUGGAGCCCAAUGUGACAGUGGACACUAUCUGUGAUAUGUUUGGGACCAUCAGUACAGAGGAGCAGUCAGUAGGUACUAAUGCAGGCGACCCCGAGGAGAACACCCCUACCUCUCAACACUUCCAGCGCUACCACAGCUUUGGAGACUCGGGCCAUGGCAGCGAUUCCAUGGAGAAUGCAGAAAACGUGGAAACUGAGCCAGAGCUGGUGGAAAUCUUUGGUAAAACUCAUGGUGACCUUCACAGACAAGACAGCAAACAGAGUGGAUCCGACUCAGACAUGCUCAGUUCCAGUAACUCCAGCGACAAGAUCAAGAAUGUCAAAUUCAGAGAGCAAGUUGAACAAAACGAGUUCCAGAAUGAAAAUGUGUUUAACUUGGAGAAUCCAAAAAGGGAAGUUGUUCUCCCAGCACCUAUUCAGAAGGAGUGUAUCAAAGGCAUUGGGAUCAAUGAGAAAGGAGACAUCAUUGUGGGAACAACAACAACUAUCCACGUCCUUGAAAAACGUGGAAUAGUCCGGGGGCAGAUCCCUCUAGAGAACGGUUGGAACAUUCACUCUGUGGCCAGUGAUGGCAAAGUCUCCAUGACUGUGCCAAGAGGAGAUAACAGAUUUAAAGUGCGAGUUUUGAGAAAUGAUGGGACAGGACACAUUCUCUCAGAUUUCAACGUUGAGAGUUUUGGACUUAAUUUUGUAACAGCUGACAAGUCUGGGACACUCAUUAUCACUUCAAACCGCUAUGCUCAGAUCCAUAAGAGUCAUGGCAAAGCAGCAAAAUCAGGUGGAAACAUUGCCUUUUAUGGCUCGGAUGGAUACCUCCUUCGCAGAAUUACAAAUGAAGAUUUCCAUGCCAAUCUCUUGGAAAAACCCCAGAUGGUGGUAGUGGAUGAAAAGCGCAGCAGAACCUACGUGGCCGAUCCAGGAAGCCACAAAGUCAUAGCUCUGAAUUCCGAAGGUGGACUUGCCUUUGAGUAUGGGAACAUAGAGGGACAAGAGGAGAUCUAUCAGGGCCCAGACCUCAUCUCCAUCGAUAAAUACGGAAAUGUCAUCGUAACAGACAAACGGGAGGGGAGGAUAGACAUUCUGGGACACAAAGGGAACCUGAAGAAAUCCUUCUACACUGAUGACAUUCCUAGGUUUGUUGGUGCCACCCCAGACAAACUUUUGGUCACGGCCAUGCCCGAUGGAAACAUGAAGUUUUAUGAGUACCUGAGCUAACUUUUUUGUUAAAAAAAAAGACUAGUAUGUAGGAUAAAAUGAUAAUUUGACACUGAGCAGCUAAAUCAUGCUAUAGUACAUUAGUGCUUUACUGCAGCUACCAACUGUUUGUACUUUCAUCUUGAGUGGUCACUUCGUCCUUAGUGGGGAACAAUGGUCAGUGUGAUUAUUGACCAAUGUGAACAGGGUCUGUGUCUAGAGAUUAAUUUUACAUUUCACAAGUGUGUCUAGUUGUAUAAACAUAUAUAAGAGGCUUAUCCCCCUGCAGGAGGAAAACUGUUUUUAACUCUCCAUUAAUUGUCUCCGUGUAAACUCCACACCGUUAGUAGUUAUUAAUUUUAACAAUACUUCAGGCAUUAUUUUGAUCAGGGUUCUUAUGAAACCUUAGACGUUAUUGAUAAUUUUGUUUGGGGUUUUAACAAAACUUGAGACAUUCACAGCAGAUUUUUUGUUCCAGUUUUUAAAAAAUGUGAGACAUCGCCAGUAUUUUGUUCAAGGUUUUAAACGGCAGAUCACAGACUGAUUAAUAAAACAAUGCCCUUUUGUCUUUCUUUAAUACAAUAACCUAAUGCACAAACCCAGUCAUUCUACAGGAUUAGUCUGUGUGCAGACUCAUUGGAUUGUAUCCGACAGUCCAACAACAGCUGAUGUUAUUGAUAUUGUGUUACCAGUCCAUUUGUAUAGUACGUUUCCUAGUCCAUAUUUUGUAUCAUAUAUGCUUCCCCGUCCAUCUAGAUAUGGUGAUCCAUAUCAUGCAGCAAUUCUAACACUUUUUUUAUGAACAUAAAAUGCAAGACUGACAGUGAAGUUUUUAUUGUAGUUAGAGCUGCAUUUAAAGUCAGAGUUGAAGACUGUUCCAGUAGUAGUUUAGUCACAGACAUUUCCUAUGAAUCAUUGAUCCUGUGUUACACAAUCUUGUUUUGUUAAUGUUAAAUAUUCUGUGAUAGUUGUAUUGAGCUUUGUUUUCAAUAAAUAUUUUAUGAAGAAUUUAGAAUGAAGUUUUUAUUACAAACUUGCAAUCAACAAUUCUGAGCUUAUUGAAGAUUAGAAACUGAAAAUAAGUUGUAAAAAAAAAAAACAAGAGGCCCAGAGCCCACAUCACUCACCUGAGCAACUCAGUCAUAACUGAUCAGAAAAGCUUUAGACCAUUUUUAGAGUAUCAAAUGCAAAAUAUGUAGAAAAGUUAACAGAGAAUAUCUUGUUUGAUAAGAUUUUAAAAAUUUUUCUCCACAUAUUCUUAAUUCAAACAUUGAGGUUCUUUUGUUGUUUCAUUUUUUGAGAUCUUUUAAGAAUGUUCUUUAUUUAUUCAAAUGUAAAAUCAUCCUUGGAUACCCACGGGUGAUUGCGUCUGAUAAGUAAAAGACGUGAUCACCCGUGGGUAUCCAACGAUGACAUAAAAUAAUAGCCUGCUUUUGUGGCCCCACCCUACCACCAGGGAUGAUUUGAAUAAACUUGAAUCUACACUACCUGAAGCAGAUGCUUCUACACAUGUUUCAGUCUUUUUGGCCAAUAGGUUCUUGAGAAAAGAUUUUAGAAAAAUACUGAAGAUUUUCAAUAAUUUUAAAUUAUUUUUCCUUUGAAGAGGGUGUGGCUUUUCAUUUCAUCAAACUUGAAUCCCCUUCACCCAAUAAUGCUUGGUUUAAGUUUGGUUGAAAUUGGCCCGGUAAUUUUGGAGAAGAUGAUAAAAAUGUGAAAAGUUUACUAUGACAACAAUACAAACAACAGACAAGGAAAAAUUUCGAUGAGAAAAAAUAAAAGUUAUAAUAAAUGCAGGUAAACAAAUGUGGAAAGACUUACAUAUGGAAAGAAAAAUUGUAGUAAUUGAGCCUAUAUUUCCCUGUUUUCUCCUGUAGGGACUAAUUAAAUAAUUGAUAGGGUUAACUUAUUAUUAACCAGAGUUAUGUUAAAAAUCUUUGUAUUGAAAAAUGCAGCUACAAACACAAAACCAAACAAGGGCUACCAUCAGUAGUCCUUUCUGAAAUGGCACAUGCAUCCUUUCACUUCUUCUCUGAACCAGACUAUAGCAAACUGACAUUUUAACAGAUGUAUCAAUAAUGCCAUUAUGCCUCACCAUAAAAAAAAAUACAAGAAGGUAUUAUAAUGUAAUAUCAUUAUUAAAAUCUGUACACAAAUUUUCCAUGGCAAACAAAUGUAAAGAUACCAUGAAGUGGAUACUGUAAUUUAUCAGCACCAAACUGGGAGUUUCAAUGGUAUGUAAAUUCAAUGAGCAACAUUGAUGUGAAUGGGGUAAUAUGGAAAGGGGCAUAACUCUAAU